UAUCACCUACCCACCGACAGUUCCCCAGCUUGGAUAAGGACUAAUAACACAGGGCUGUAUGGCUAGAGUAGUCCAGUCCUGCCGAAGAUUUAUCAGAAACAUAUGCCUUAACUAAGCCUUAAUCUCUUGACUGACCAGAAUUUCUUCUCCUUUUUACCACCGGGAAAUCAAAUGCCGCUCCUAUGACAAUAUAGUGUGGUGAUUUUUCACUCAUGAGCGGCUUCCACGGGAUAGACAGCCUGUUGUAGAAAAAAAAAAGAAGAAAUAUUUGCUUGAGUAUUUUCUGCUAUUUUCGUUUCAGUACUGUGGUGGUUUCCCUUCAAAAACACAUGGUACUUUGAUCAAUUUGCGGGUUAUUAAACCUGUAGUGAUAGCUAGUUUGCCAGCGACUCACGGGCAUACCGACUGCUUUGGGAUGGACAAUGCUCAUACUAAGACAGUGGAGGAGGUUCUGGGUUUCUUCAGUGUAAAUGAGUCUACAGGCCUGAGCUGUGAGCAACUGAGGAAGAGCAGGGAGAGAUGGGGACCCAACGAAUUGCCAGCUGAGGAAGGGAAAUCACUUUGGGAGCUGGUCCUGGAACAGUUUGAGGAUCUGUUGGUUCGAAUCUUGCUGCUGGCUGCGUGUAUUUCCUUUACACUGGCUUGGUUUGAAGAGGGGCAGGGGACGAUAACAGCCUUUGUUGAACCUUUCGUCAUCCUCCUCAUCCUCAUUGCCAACGCCAUUGUGGGAGUAUGGCAGGAGCGUAAUGCAGAGAAUGCCAUAGAGGCCCUGAAAGAAUACGAGCCAGAGAUGGGCAAGGUCUACCGACAGGACAAGAAGAGUGUCCAGAGAGUCAGAGCCAGAGACAUUGUUCCUGGAGACAUUGUGGAAGUAGCUGUUGGUGACAAGGUACCAGCCGAUAUCAGACUGACGUCCAUCCGCUCCACCACUCUGAGAGUGGACCAGUCCAUUCUUACAGGCGAGUCUGUCUCAGUGCUCAAACAUACAGACCCUGUGCCGGACCCCCGGGCCGUUAACCAGGACAAGAAGAACAUGCUCUUCUCCGGCACCAACAUAGCAGCAGGGCGGGCCAUUGGGGUUGUCGUCGCGACAGGGGUGCAGACAGAAAUCGGGAAGAUCCGAGAUGAGAUGGCCGCCACCGACCCCGAGAGGACGCCGCUACAACAGAAACUAGACCAGUUUGGAGAACAGCUGUCUAAGGUCAUCAGUGUGAUCUGUGUGGCUGUGUGGGCGAUCAACGUGGGGCAUUUCAACGACCCUGUCCAUGGGGGCAGCUGGCUCCGAGGGGCAGUUUACUACUUCAAGAUUGCUGUGGCGCUGGCUGUAGCUGCCAUACCAGAAGGCCUCCCAGCAGUCAUCACUACCUGCCUGGCCCUGGGCACCAGGCGGAUGGCCAGAAAGAAUGCCAUCGUCCGCAGCCUGCCAUCUGUGGAGACGCUGGGUUGUACCUCUGUUAUCUGCUCCGACAAGACGGGAACACUGACCACCAACCAGAUGUCUGUCUGCAGGAUGUUUAUUGUGGACAGCGUGUCCGGGGAGCGCUGCCGCCUGAAUGAGUUCACGGUGACUGGAUCUACUUACGCCCCUGAAGGGGAAGUGUACAAGGAUGGUUCGGUGGUAAAGUGUAGUCAGUAUGAUGGCCUGGUGGAGAUGGCCACCAUCUGUGCCCUGUGCAACGACUCUUCUCUGGACUACAAUGAGUCAAAGGGUGUGUAUGAGAAGGUUGGGGAGGCGACAGAGACAGCCCUUUGUUGUUUGGUGGAGAAAAUGAAUGUGUUCGACACUGACCUGCGAACACUGAGUCCUGUUGAGAGGGCUACAGCCUGCUGCUCUGUGAUCAAGCAGCUGAUGAGGAAGGAGCUGACGCUGGAAUUCUCCAGAGACAGGAAGUCCAUGUCUGUGUUCUGUUCAACCAACAAACUCACCAGGCCUGCAGUCGGAGCAAAGAUGUUCGUUAAGGGAGCUCCAGAGAGUGUCUUGGAGCGCUGCACUUAUAUCCGAAUCGGCAAUGCUGCCCGGGUUCCUCUGAGCACAGCAGUUCGGGAGCAGCUCCUCUCCACUGUCCGGGAAUGGGGCUCUGGCCGGGACACGCUGCGCUGCCUUGCCAUGGCAACCAGGGAUACGCCCCCUGACCCUCGCUCACUCAACCUGGAGAACUCAGGGGCUUUUGCAGACUAUGAGUCUGACCUGACCUUUGUGGGCUGUGUGGGGAUGUUGGACCCCCCCAGGAAAGAGGUGCUUGGUGCGGUCCGAAUGUGUCGGCAGGCUGGCAUACGGGUCAUCAUGAUCACAGGUGACAACAAGGGGACCGCACUGUCGAUCUGUCGGCGGGUGGGCAUCAUCACAGAGCAGGAGGAGGAGGAGGAGGGCGGGGGAGUCGGUGGGGGCCUGACAGGGCGGGAGUUUGACGAGCUGCCCCCCCACCUGCAGCGGCAGGCCUGUCGGACGGCCCGUUGCUUUGCCCGGGUGGAGCCGGCACACAAGAGUCGCAUCGUGGAGUACCUGCAAAGCCUGAGCGACAUCACCGCUAUGACGGGUGAUGGUGUGAACGACGCCCCGGCGCUCAAGAAGGCAGAGAUUGGCAUCGCCAUGGGCAGCGGUACAGCCGUGGCCAAGUCAGCCUCAGAGAUGAUCCUGGCCGACGACAACUUCUCCACCAUUGUGGCCGCUGUGGAGGAGGGCAGAGCCAUAUAUAAUAACAUGAAACAGUUCAUCAGAUACCUGAUAUCAUCCAACAUAGGAGAGGUGGUCUGUAUUUUCCUGACGGCGGCCCUAGGCAUGCCCGAAGCACUGAUCCCCGUCCAGUUGUUGUGGGUCAACCUGGUUACUGAUGGUUUCCCGGCAACGGCCCUGGGCUUCAACCCUCCUGACCUGGACAUUAUGUCUCGCCCACCGCGCUCACCCAAAGAGCCUCUGAUCUCUGGGUGGCUGUUCUGUCGCUACCUCAUCAUCGGAUGCUAUGUGGGAGCUGCCACAGUAGGAGCUGCAGCCUGGUGGUUUAUGGCAGCCCAUGAUGGACCAAAACUUUCCUUCUAUCAGCUGUCUCAUUACCUCCAGUGCAGUGAAGGCCACAGUGAGUUUGCUGGUGUACAGUGUUCAGUCUUUGAGUCUCCUUACCCCAUGACCAUGGCUUUGUCCGUCCUGGUUACCAUAGAGAUGUGCAACGCGCUCAACAGUCUGUCAGAGAACCAGUCCCUGCUGAAGAUGCCCCCCUGGUCAAACCCCUGGCUAGUGGGAGCCAUUUGUCUGUCCAUGGCUCUCCACUUCCUCAUCCUAUACGUUGACCCAUUGCCGGUGAUCUUCCAGAUCCGUCCUCUGUCAUGGCCGCAGUGGGUUGUAGUGUUAAAGAUGUCACUUCCUGUCAUCCUGAUGGACGAGGCCCUCAAGUUCCUGGCUCGCAACUAUAUCGAACCAGGAAACCAGAUCCAGACCCAAGAGGAGGAAGAGGAACUGCAGAGGAGGGGGGCUGGAGCAGGAGUGGUGGGCGCCAUGACGCUGAGGGUGAGACAGUCACUGAGGGGUGUGUCCUGGUCCUUUGUCCUGAUCUCUGCGCCUCUAUUGGUCUGGAUCUUCAGCCUGGACUCUGACAUCACCAACAUCUUCUGGGAGUGAUGGAAGAAAGAGGGAGGGGAGGAGCUGGGGGCCGGUGGAGGGGAGGGAUGAUGUGAUUUCAUAAAUCUAAUUUGUUUUGGGGUGUGAUGAGGGAAAAAGGAACAGUGGUUGGACGCUAGAUGGAGGAAGAGGUGGACAAAUUGCUGCGAUCAAUAGAGAGGGAAGACAAAAAAUGUAGAGGAUGGAUGCAUUAAGGGAAUAUCAGGGAUGAGGAGGUGAGAUAGAAAAACAAAAAGCAAGCAAAUGUUAUGCUAAGAGAGAGAUGUGAGGGAGGACAAGUGAAAUAUUUAAACAACAGACAAUCAGAAAAACAGACUAUUCUGUGAGCCGACAAAAAAAGGAAGUGAGAGACAGUGAAAGGCGGCUUUAGACCUUUCACUCCCCCAGUAAUUGAAGGUGCCAUGUGUAGCAUUUUGUGUUCCCUCAAAAUUGUUGUUUCCUGUCUCAACAAAGAUGCUUGUUAUCACCACCACUCCAUUUUUAGGAGCAGGAAACAGCAUAAGUUGACAAUCCUCUCAACAAUGGUCUCAUUUAUUUGCAGCGAUUACACUAAUACCCCUGAAUUAAUGUGGCAAUGGUUUUUUAAUGUUGAAAUGCUACAUGUGGCACCUUGACUACAUUUUCUGGGAGGACAAAAUGAGUGGAUGAAUUAGGGGAGCAGUCAGGGAGAGAGAAAGGUGGUGAGUGGUCCAGCAUCAAAUACACACACAUACACACACUCCCCCAGCUUGACAGUCAUGAUUAAGCCACACUAAACAAUAGCUGUGGUCAGUAACAGAUGGGAGGCCAGACAACUAGAUGUACAGUAGAACCGAGUUCCCUGUCACAAUGCCAAACUGCUGCACUGCAAAAAAUAUAUGAUAUGAAUUACAUUUAUUGUUGGAAUUUCCUUGUGUAUGAAACUAAAAUAAGCAUUUAGCCUGUAAGGUAAGGCUGGUAACAGACUGUUACAGAAUGCAUGUCAAAUGCAUGUCGCGCAUUUUGCUUCCGAAUGGAAAUUCUGCCCACGUCUUGCAUUGGGCCUGUUUGAUCCUGCAGAGCCACGGCCAUUCCCUUCAGCGGUUUGAGGAUACACCACGUUCUACUGUACAUCCUGGGUGUCUGCAGGCCCUCAGCCACUCGAAAAUCUCUUACGACUUCUGGACUCAAGGCCUUUAAAGCAGUGUUCAUUUUGACAGCCAACUUUGAUUUAGUUUUCGUAUUUCGACCUCAACAAAUUUUAGUUUCAGUCACAUUUUAGUCAUUUGUAUUUUGGGCACCUCUUUAGAGUAAGACUACCCUUACAAGGGUUUGUGAGUGGGUUAUAAUUAGUUUAUUCAUUAGUUUCCAGAACACUUUAUAAAUCAUUACUAAGCAAUUACAAAUAAGUUAUAACAGUGUUCAUACAUUGAUGCAGGCUCACUAUUUGGCAAGAUCAAGUUACUGCUGCACUUCAUCUAUUCUGUUAAAUCGCAGAUCUUGCUAGUUGCUGAGCUUUACUUGAUCACACCAAUUAGUGAGCCUGAUGUAUGAAAACUGAUAUAACUUGGUGUAACGUAUAAUUUUUUAUUCAUGAUUUAUAGUGUUAAGAUCCAAAUUAAUAACCUAAUUAUAAACCAUUCAUACACCUCUUAUAAGGGUAGUCUUACUGUAAAGUGGUUCCAAAUUCUACAUAUUUUUACAUAGAUCUACAGUCAACAUUUUACAUAGAUCUACAUUCCUUAUUAUAGCUUUUUAUAUUUUGUAUCUGUCUUUUGUUUUUAUACUGUAUUUAAUAUCAGAGAUAAUGUUUGCCCAUAUAUCCGUUGCCUUCCAAACUGAGGUCAGGAGUUGUGCUUUCAUAGGCCCACGCCUCUUUUUUUUUAUUUGUUAAUGAAAAUGACAUCAUAUUUCCUUUUAGCUUUUGUCUCUUUUUAUCUCCUUUUAUGUCUUGGAACAACUGGUGAUGAAUACUCAUCGUUUUAGUCUGCAAAAUUAACACUGCUUCAAAGGACUUGGUUACCGUUGAAACUAGCAUUUAAGCGUUUUAAAUUUGGCCUUGGGAUUUUCAGUUUUUUGGGGGAUUUUCCAUCGAGAAAUCAGUCUAGUAAAACAGAACUUUAUUCAAAUAAGUCUACAUGUUUUUUUCUUUCUUUGUGUUUCUCCUUACAUUUUAUGUUAUUUGGCAUUAAAAAAGUGUUAAAGUUGCAUAUACAUCUCGCAGGCACCCUGAUAGAUUAGCAGUCACGAUGCCAAACUAAGAAGCAAACGCUCUUUGGAUGUUCUUAGGCUUUAUUGUACUGCUGCUUGUUCAGCUUAUUCCCUCAGAUCAAGGAGUGAGCAGGUUUGUUAUCAAGCCUUCGAAAAAGUGCAUCAAGGCAGUUCCAGUAGUUCUUAAAACGUAAAUAUUAGGUAUGUGUAUUCAUAGUUAAACACAGUAGAGGUUGUGUUCUACUUGGUGAUUUGUAACAUUCACCAUCCAAAUGAUUUGGAUUGACUGCCUAAAUGUGAGUAGGCUAGCUGUACAAAAAUCAGCAUCUACAUGGACUGAUAUAGUUCUUCAUCGUAAGACAUCAUAUAUACUGUAUCUAAUUAUUAAUUUCAUUGCACAAUUCCUACUCAGUACAUUGCAACACUGACAUUUUUUUGUCUUACAUAUGUAUAUUUUUACCUUUGUUAUCUCAUUUUUUACCUUAAGCUGUUUGCGACACAGAAAUUGCCUCUGAGUUGGUGUGAUGGAAACGACUUCAGAUGUUUGAUUUUGAUCUGAAGGCCAAAGAGCUGAAGCUUCGCUCAGAGGAAAGCUAGAAUAAACAGGUGAUUCCAAAUGAAACAUUUUUAGCACAGGUCAUACAGUGAGGUUAACCGUGACUACAUGCAUAUUUUAAAAUAGGAAAUGUAUUUAUUUGUCCAAAUGUCAGGGAGCAGUCUCACCAUUUCCUCUAGAGAUGCUCACUGCCACAUUCCACACUGUUGCCAUAGAAGGGCUUUUUUAAUUUGUGCAGAGAACAUUUUUGAUACAUGCAACUAGAAACAUUCCUGUUGUUACAUCACUUAGUAACCAACCUUUCAAGAUAUCGGCAUGCCAUUUUCUUGAAAAAAAAAAAAAAAAAAUGAAAAAUCCGUCUUGCCCCAAGAAAUUUCAGAUGUCAAGGCUCAUGUGUGCAAGGAUUUUAAAAAGACAGAACAUUCCCUGUUUUUCACACUGUGAGAGCUUUAGGCCAGGGUUCAGAGCUUUCAUCUCUUUCCUUUCACUCUCAACACCCUGGACAAAUCUUGACAUCCUUCCAUAGUGUGAGCUGGUCAUCCAGUUAAAUCUGAAAGCAAUUAGGUGAGGGCGAGGUAAUAUUUUUAAAAUUUGGAAAAAAAAAAUCAAAACAAAACAAACAAACAAAAAAAAAAAAACAAAUUUUGAUGAUUGCAUUGUGUGGACCCCAGAUUCCCCCAUGGUUAGGUGUGGGAUGUCCAGUUUAGUCUUUUCAUUGUAGUGCAGUGUGUCUCCAGCUUAAGACAAAUACAGGCCUUCAUGAUGCCAUUUUGAUGAAGCCAUGAGUUAUUGUUUUCUUUUAUUUAUUUAUUUAUGUUUUUUUCUUUUUUUCUUUUCUUUUUUUGAGAAACAUCAGCCUUUUGAUGUCAAAAUCGGUUUGGGAGGCAUGAAACUAACUCACCUCUUGCGAUGUCAACCUGUCUCAGAAACAGGUUCUAGUUAUGGUUCUGUGAUGAAUAAUGCAUUGUUUUAAUGUCAUGUUGCUCCUCCCGGCUUUGUUACUUAGCCAAUGCCAUGGAAGCUCUCAAGUUGACUUGUUUCACUUUUUUUGCUUUGUUUCACAUUUAUGCCUCUUCUUGUUUUCCUUUAGUUUUCACAUUGCAGCUUUAGCUUCUAAAACCUGAAAGAAUGAGGCUUUUGUUACAAUGCAAUAGUCUUUAUUGAUACCAUCGGUGCAAGAGAAAAACAAAUAUAUGCUCCUUGCAGUGACUUUUUUUUUUCAUUAGCAUUGCAGCGUGUCAUGGCAACCCUGCUAUGGCAGUUACCAAAUGCCCUACAUUUGUUUACGCUUUGACCUUUUUUUGUGUGAAGAUUUAUUAUUAUUGUUAUUAUUGGUAAUGUUUUAGUUUAUUAUAUUUAUUUACACCCAUGUCUGUUCAGGGAACAAAGAAUAGAGAAUGGUUAAAGCAUGUAUGAAGAACAGGAUGAGAGGAAAGAGGGUUUGAGAGGAGAGGGGGGACUCGUGAGGAUAGUGUGAUAUAAAAAGGGAAAGGGAGCACCGCUGCCUCCCAACAGUCACUGUAAAUAACUCAUUCUUAACUGACUUCCCUGCCAAGGUUAAAUUGAUGGAUCGAGCGAAUAGGAUGAGAAACCUUGGUCAUAUAGUUGUAUCUCCUCUUCAUUUCUUACCUCUUUCACUCUCCUCCUUUCUGUCGCGCCGUCUAUCACAACCCAUAGAUGGUUUUGUGCAAAACAAUAAACGAAAACAGACUUCAUUUAAGUACAUUUGAUCCAUUUUGACAAAUCGAUUUCCAGCUUUGGUUCUUUAUUUACAUUGAGGCUGGAGAAGGGAGUAAGAUUUUGUAGUUGUUUUUAUUAUUAUCUUUGUCAAUGGUAUGUUUUUGGCUGUCUGUCACAACAGCUCCUGUUGAAGUGUCUGUUAUGGGAAGUGGUAUGACGGGCGGGCGAGGGCUUUAACGGGAUGAAAACAGCAACAAUAAACAGUAUGGUUCCGAGUUC